GCUUAAUUUCUUUUCAAUUUAAUUCUAUUUCUUUGGGCGACUGGUUGUUUGGAAAUUGUGUCGGGCUAAUGUGGUGCAUAAAAAACAGAAAAACAAAAUAAAAUUGAAAGUAAUAAAAUAAAUUUCAUGUUCUAAUGACGUGCAUUUGUGAUAACCAAAAAAUACGCGUUUAUAUACUUAAAACGGGAUUACAUAGCAGGCAAGCGCGAGAAAGCGAAAUAUUUGAGUGAAUUGUGUGAGGCUUUUAUAUUAAGCAAAAAUAUUAAACAAGCAAUAAGAUAAAUCUGAAAACACUUCCAUUAAAGUUGCCAUCGAAGGUGUUUACGCGCUGAUAAAGCAGCGUGAAGAAUAUCGUAAUAGUUUUUGUUGAAUGCAAAAUAGUGAUAAUUAACGAAAAUUACAAGGAUACACAACAAAUUUAAAAAUAAGUUAUGGCUGACAGUGCUUUCAAGUCGCGUGACAUUGGCUUGCGUGCCCAAAAGAAGAUCCUCUCGCGCAUGGCCACCAAGAAUAUAGCGAAAACAUUUAUAGAUGGCACCACCGCAUCGCUUCUUGAUAAUUUAUAUCGCCUAUGUAAAAUGCAUACGGGCAACAAAGUCAAAGCGGAGAAGCUGAUAAAAAACAUAAUUAAAAUUGUUAUCAAAAUUGGUGUCCUACAUCGAAAUAAUCAAUUCAGUGCCGAGGAACUGAAGGAUGCGGAAGUCUUCAAGCGGAAGUUUCAAAAUACACAACUCUCAGUAAUUUCCUUCUAUGAAGUGGAUUAUAGCUUCGAUCUGCCCUAUCUGCAAAAGUCCAUUGCCGAAUCACAUGCCGCCCUCAAGUCAAUUGUCCAACGACACCUUACCGAGAAGUCGCUAAAUCGCAUCGACGAAGUAUUCGAUUUUUUCGGUGACACCACACUCUUAGAAACCGCCUUCAAACCCGAUUCGCCGUAUCGCGAAUUAAUGGGGAAAAUCGUUAGCGAUAUUAAUACUGCCAUGGAAACGGGAGACAUUCUCGUCUCAUCUCGUCCAAAGGACUGCAAAGUGUACAAUGGUCGGGAAGAUAUGUGCGUAUGUGUGUGUAAAGGCAAAGAAAAGGCUUAAACGGAAUUUAGGUCAUUAGAAUGCAACAACAAACCAAAAAUUAACUAAUGUAAUAAAUUAAAGCACUUUUAUCGAAUACGCUUGUCUUAAAUUAUAAAUAAAAAUAAAGAGAAACCGAAA